AUGGCUAUGGAAUCUGCUGCUAUGGAUGCCCAGAACCAAGGCCCGACCAUUUUGGCGGUUUGCUGGCUUCUGGUCAUCCUUCCUGGCUUGAUGGUUGGGCUACGGCUUUGGUGCAAGCUUGGACUGAGUAAGAGAGGCUUUGGCGUGGAUGAUGCCAUUAUCUGUGUCGCAUGGUCUUUGCUCCUGAUCUACACGGCCCUUAUCACCAAGUCUGUCAACAUGGGAGUAAUUGGUAGACAUAUAUUCGCCAUUGACGACCCGGAAGUUAUACCGCCCGCACUGAAGCUCCUAUACAUCAGUUUCGUGAUUAUCAUCAUCGGCUGUGUCUUCAGCAAGACCUCUUUCGCAUUUACUCUCAUGCGCAUCGUGACCAAAACUUGGAUGAAGGUACUCCUAUGGUUCAUCAUCGUCACGAUGAAUGCCAUCAUGUGGCUCUGUGCCAUCUGCUAUCUGGCUCAAUGCAAGCCGGCAGCAGCACUCUGGGAUGCUAAGCUUCUGGCUACCGCCAAGUGCUGGCCAACAGAGGUAUUUGAAACCAUCGCUCUUGUUGCUGGAGCUUACUCCGGGUGCAUGGAUGUGAUUCUUGCUCUUCUUCCCUGGGUGGUCCUUUGGGGCCUCGAAAUGAAGAAGCGCGAGAAGGUUGGUAUUGCACUAGCUAUGAGUAUGGGUAUCACCGCCGCGAUUGCCGCCUUCAUCAAGACCUCGAAACUGGUCAAUGUCGCCCAAGUCCAGGAUUUCACCUGGUUCUGCACUUCUAUCACAAUCUGGGCCUCUGUUGAGACAGGUCUCACGAUUUUCGCCGCCUCUAUUCCUGCCCUUCGUAUUCUCUUCGUUCGAAUUCGCUCUAGCUACGACCACACAGAUGAUCCUUCCGGCACCUAUGACGGGGAAGAGAUCACCCUCCAAGCCCACAAGGAAGGAAGCAGUGCGCGAAGCGUUAUCAGUGAGCGUGGAAUCAAUAUGACACAGGAGGUGACGGUCGAGCAGAAUGUGGCUGGUGUGAGGCGCCUGGAUGCUUAG